UAACUUUAAUGCAUUAAUGUCUUUUAGUUCAAAACGAUUAUCAUUUGUGCCGAUCAUAAAAAACAUCUGAAUAAAAGCUCAUACAUUUUCGUAAAACAGUUUCAACAGUUUCAUUGACAGCAAUUUGGUGACAUUUAAACGUAUGAUGUCAAACGAUCGUAAAAUUGGUAUUGAAGAUAUGAUAACCAUGUCGGAAAUAGAUGAAAUCAAUAUAAACCAAAAUCUUUAUAUUCGUUAUAUUAGUGAUAUAAUAUAUACUUAUACUGGGUCAAUACUUAUAGCUGUAAAUCCUUAUAAAAAUAUUAAUAUAUAUAAAAAGGAACAUGUUUUCGAAUAUCAUAGGUGUAAACUUGGAGAUCUUUCGCCUCAUGUUUUUGCUUUAGCUGAAGCAGCUUAUACCAAUAUUGUCGAUGACCAUACAAAUCAGGCGUGUGUUAUAUCUGGUGAAUCUGGAGCUGGAAAAACGGAGACAACAAAAUUUAUACUGCAGUAUUUGUGCACAAUAACCUCAAAUACUUCUUCGUGGAUACAACAGCAAAUUUUAGAGGCUAACACCAUUUUGGAAGCGUUCGGAAAUGCUAGGACCAUAAGAAACGAUAACAGUUCUAGGUUUGGUAAAUUUAUGCAAGUUUGUUUUGACGACUACAAUUGUAUAAAAGGAUGCGUUAUUCAAGAUUAUUUACUUGAACAGUCCCGGAUUAUAUUUCAAAGUGAAGGGGAACGGAACUAUCAUAUAAUGUAUCAUUUAGUGGCACAAGGGCAGAAAAAUAUUCACAUAGCAAAAGCAUUUCAUUUAAGACCACCUGAUUUUUAUAAAUAUCUGAAUAUAACAAGUUCUGAACAAAUAAAUAUAAACUUAGAGUCAAUAAAAUUUGAUGCCGUUACAAUGGCCUUUACAGUUUUACAAAUUCCACAAUAUGUAAUAGAUGGCGUUUUUAAGGUGUUAAGUUCUAUAUUAUGGUUAGGAAAUAUACAGUUUAUGGAUAUUGAUGGAGAAGGCUGCGAUUUUUCAAAUUCAGACCAAGAGGCAAUUUUCAAUAUAUCAAAUCUUUUGGGACUGAAGCGCUGUGAUUUUGAAAAGGUAUUACUAAUUCGUCAAAUAAAUGUUCGAGGAAAUAUAACAGAAAUACCUUUGAAAAUAAAAGAGGCUGUGGAAAAUCGACACGCCAUGGCAAAGGCAUUGUACUCGAAAACAUUUACAUGGCUGGUUACGAAAAUAAAUAACUGUACAAACCCAGGCCAAGACGGAGCUACAUUUCUCGGAGUUCUCGAUAUUUUUGGAUUUGAAAAUUUCUCUCACAACUCAUUCGAGCAAUUAUGUAUAAACUAUACCAACGAAAAGCUACACAAAUUUUUUAAUCAUUAUGUGUUUGCAUUAGAGCAAUCAAUCUACAAACAAGAAGAAAUAUCCUUUAAUCACGUGGAGUUCACGGACAACUCGCAAUGCCUAGAAGUAAUAGAAAAACCACCCCGAUGUGUGUUCAAGUUAUUAACAGAGCAAUGCCAUUUGCCAAAGGGUUCCGAUUCAGCUUACCUAAGCAAUUUGCACUCUGAGUUCGAGUUUCAUCCAAACUAUAUUAAGGGUAAUGAUCGUCGUCAUUGGGAAACCGAGUUCGGAAUAAAACACUAUGCUGGUAGUGUAAUUUACGUUGUUGACGGAUUUGUAGAAAAAAAUCGAGAUGUUCAACAAGACGUUCUCUUUCACUAUAUGAGUUGUAGUGAAGAUAUGUUUGUAAAAGACUUAUCAAAUUACCAGGAUCAUCAGUUCAUAAGUUCAAGUUAUCCUCGAGGAUCAUCCAAAUCUAAAUGUACUGUAAGUGAUCAUUUUCGGCACCAGCUGCAGUCUUUAAUAGAUGUACUUCAAAAUACAAAGCCAUGGUACGUUCGUUGUAUAAAGCCAAAUUUAACAAAGCGACCAAACAACUAUAACCAUUCAUUAGUUCUUGAUCAAUUGAAAUAUCUCGGCGUUGUGGAUAUAAUUCGAAUACGAAGAGAAGGAUUUCCCAUACAUUUAAGCCGUGAAGACUUUAUUGUUAAAUAUAAGUGUCUGAUGACAGAUAAGUCUGUUGAAUGCCCACAUAAAUACAUAAAAGAUAUAUUGGAAAUAGUUAACAUGUCAAAUACAGAAUGGCAAUUAGGAAAAAGUAUUAUAUUUUUGAGAAGUAAGGUACAUCAACUAUUGGAGAACAAACGGAAAGAAAAACUUUGUAAAAGUGCCCUUAUUAUUCAAAAAUAUUGGAAACGAUUUUAUUGGUUUAACUCAUUUUUACACAUUAAACGGGCUGUUUUGAAAAUACAGCAUGCUUAUAAGGGCUGGAGAUUAAGAAUCCAUUUCAUUAGGAUGAGGCGCAGUGCAAUUGUCAUUCAAAGUCAUCUACGCGGAGUUUUUGCUAGAGAGGUAGCAACAGCGUUAAGAGAAAUGAGACGCGUAGAUGAAGAAAUGAAAAAAAAUGAUAAAAUGUAUGAGCAACUUAAUACCAUACACACAAACAAUUUAGCUGAUUGUGAGAGAUUAAUACAAGAGGAAAUAGACGUACUGGCUCAUAUAUCAGAUAAUGCUCAAAGCCUUUCAAAACCAUUUGACAAAGACAAUAACUCUAAAACUACUUCAACUGAAUCUUUAAUCCAUCAGGACAGCGUUGACUUGGAUAAUAUAUUCGCCUUUUUAGGUGAAUCAGAUGCAACGAUUGGUAAUCCACUUCUUGAAGAAAUAAAUAAUGAUAUGAAUAAUUUGGUUCAAGAUCUUAACGAAGAGAUCGAUUUGUGUACGCAGAAUGAAGUGAAUUUUGAAAGCCUCGAAACGGGAAAGUCGUUUACUAUUAAAGGAGCCCCGUCACUUCCAGAGCCAACGGUACCUCCUCCACCACCGCCUACAUCUUCAAAUAUUAUAAAAGAGGAAUUAAAGCCUGAGCCCAUAUAUGAAGCAAUAAACGCAAAUAAGUUAUCAAACACGAAACGAGUAACAAGUGAAAAUGAAAAUUGUCCUACACAUAAAAUAACAAAAGAAAACGUUAAGAAAUUACUUACCCCAUCUUGCUCCAUAUUUGUUAAAUAUCAAAUAGAUGAUGAACGUGAACAAAGACGAAAACAAAGAGUUGAAAAAAAAAUCCAUGAACUUAACUUUAACGAUAAUAGACAUAAAGAUGUCCACAACGAUGAUUCCUUUUAUAAUAUUCUUGAAUUCGCCGAAAACUAUUUUAAUACUCAUGAGCUUUCGAGUGAUAAUCACCUUAUUUCCACACUGGCACGAAAAGGGAGAAAUAAUUCAGAUUUAAGAGGAAAACACGAAAUGACCAUGUUCUCUAAAACUGACAAAAUUCCUACAUCUCAUAUUCACAUGUUUGAUCCAGAAAAUGUCUUACUGUCGUGUAAUAUGUUUCGAGAACUUUGCAAGUACAUGCGUGGAGAACAUAAUGUAGAAAAAGAACUGCAGAUUAUUCAGUACAUCAUUGGAUUGGGCAUUGAAAGAGAAGAAUUACGAGAUGAAAUAUUUAUUCAAUGCAUACGCCAAACAAGAAGUAACCCAAACAUGGAAUGGACUGAUAGAAUUUGGCUUAUUAUGUGUCUGUGCAUUGUUGCUUUUCAACCGAGCAAACUUUUAUUCAGAAACGGUGCAGCCAAACAAGCAGUUCAGACCAUGGAAUUAUAUAAGAGCAAGAUAACAAAGGACAUGGACAAAACGCAAUACGUUCUUCAAAGCGUCGAGCACCACAGAAAUGUAUAUCCUAAUUGUGACAAAAAAACCCUAUCAAGUCAUUUUUAAGGAUCAGCAUAGAACGCUGCAAAAUGCAUUUUCUUGGG